AUGGCAAGAAUGGCACGUAGUAAUGGAUUUACGUUAACUGGAAAUACGCAAGCAAUGCAAAUAGCAUCAAUGACAGGAGCAGCCUGUCAAACCGAUUGGUUAACGAUUCCGUGUGCGUCUAACACAGGUAGAUUACCAACCUCCAUGAUGACUUGUAUCGAUCGGAUAUGCGGUGGAACAUUUAACGCGGAAAAUCAAAAUUUGAAUGCGUCUUCUGUUAUUAGUACAGUGAAACCAUUUAGACUAAUUUUCCAUACGGAUAGCGUUGAAGCGCCAAACGAUGUCGGCAACAGAGGAUUUUGUCUGAAUUAUAUACAACAACCUUGCACAACAAAAUUAAGAUGAAAAUAAAAUGUAAAUGAAAUCAACCUACUAGGUUUGGAAAUGCAUGCUGUUUAAAAAUA